AUGUCCGGGGAGGAUCCGCACACCUUCUAUCAGCUCCUUCCCAAAGUGGAGCUCCAUGCCCAUCUAAAUGGUUCAAUAAGUUCCUCCACCAUGAAGAAACUGAUGGCUCAAAAACCUCAUCUUCAGGUCGAGAAUGGGAUGACCAUGAUAGACAAGGGACAGAAAAGAACCUUGGAGGAAUGUUUUCAGAUGUUUCGAAUAAUCCACCAGAUAACAGAUACAGCUGAAGAUAUAUUAUUGGUUACAAAAGAUGUUAUUAAGGAGUUUGCUGCAGACGGUGUUAAAUACUUGGAGUUAAGAAGUACGCCAAGAGAGACCUCCACAGGGAUGACAAGAAGAACUUAUGUUGAGACGGUGCUUGAAGGCAUAAAACAGUGUAAAGAGGAGGAAGUGGACAUUGAUGUGAGGUUCUUGUUGGCCAUUGACAGAAGAGGGGGUCCAACAGUUGCAAAAGAGACUGUCAAGCUUGCAGAAGAAUAUUUUUAUGCCACCAAUGAUCAGGUUCUAGGUUUGGACCUCAGCGGAGACCCAACAGUUGGACAUGGAAAAGACUUCAUGGAAGCUCUCGUGGAAGCUAAGAAUUCUGGCCUGAAAUUGGCUCUUCAUUUAUCAGAGGUGCCAGCUCAGAAAGAGGAGACGGAACUUCUGCUCAGUAUUCCCCCAGACAGAAUCGGACAUGGGACAUUUCUGUGUAAUUCUCCAGGUGUAGUGGAAGUGGUGAAACAAAAGAAUAUCCCGAUAGAGCUCUGCAUUACUUCAAAUGUCAAAGGACAGACUGUUCCCUCUUAUGACAAGCACCAUUUUGGCUUUUGGUACAACUUGGGUCAUCCAUCUGUACUGUGUACAGAUGACAAAGGAGUCUUCUCUACAGAUCUUUCUCUGGAAUAUGAGAUUGCUGCUAGUACAUUUCAUCUGAGACCUCAUCAAGUAUGGGAUCUGUCAGCUCAAGCCAUUGACUACAUUUUUGCACCUGACGAUAUCAAAUCACAUUUAAAGGAGAAAUGGUCAUUGCUGAAGCCAAGUGUGUUUACACAUGUAAAGUAA